UUCGGUGUCUGGUGGGGCGUUGCAGAUAGUCAGGAAAUUAUUAUUCCUUCGUUUAUUUCUCACGUUCCUUAUUGCAGCUGGAGGGUCCGAGGUGCUUUCUUUACGUCUCCGGUAACUCUUAGCAGGGAUUCCUCGUAGACCUGCAGACACAUCAAUGAAGAAAAAGCCUAGUCCCAUGCUGCGUCCCAGACGGGGCAGGCAGGUCAAUGCCAAUGGUGACUGUGUACCCCCCUCCACCGCCCCAGCAAACUCUGAAACAUUACAGGAAUCAGCCCCACAAAUCAGACACCUGACUAUGUCACAGCACAGUCACAACCUCCUUAAGUUCUUGAAUGAGGACCGGAGCCGGCAGAAGUUCUGCGACGUGUCAGUGUCUGUGGGUGGGAAGACCUACACUGCCCACAAGGCGGUGUUGGCCUACGGGAGCAGCUAUUUCCACGCUGAGUUGUCCAAAAACCCUUCUGCAACAACUCAUGUGACUCUGGAGCACGUGGAGGACUCUGUCUUCCAGCACCUGCUUGGGUUUUUGUACACCGCUGAGUGUGUUGUUGCAGAGACAGAGGUCCCGGCUCUAACUGAAGCGGCCCGAUUCCUGGACAUGAUGGAUAUAUUAAAGCUGUUAUGUAAAGAAGGUGAAGUGCACCCUGUAAGUGUAAUCCAAACCCAGGCUGAGACAAGAGGGUCAUUUAAAGUGGAAACUACCUGCAGUAACUUGUCAGGAGCUGAUACAGAUCUCCAAAGCUCAGCCGAUGUUCAAGGAACCCUGUUCGAUCAUGAAAACUCCAAUCAGGGCCACUUAGCUGAGAGUCACACUGAUUUAGAUCAGGAGGCCUCAACUGAAGAAGAGAGGACGGCAGGUCAGAGGAGUGCUAUCACCCGGAGAUCAGCUCGUAGGAGGAGAACACCCACCAAGUAUAAAAGAGAUGAUGGAGAGUACUGCAGCAGCACUCCGAAAGAGAAACAAAGCCCUGCAUCAUCAAGGCAGCACAACAAAAACAGAGCGGAAGGAAAAGGGGAAGUGGAUGUGACAGCCAAACUGGAUGUGAACAAGGCAUCUAAACCAGUUCAGGGUGAUGAUGUAAUGGAUGUGGACGAGGAGGAGGAAGAAAGAGGAGACGUGAAUGCAGACAUUAUUGCUCAGAAGACAGUUGAUGAGGUUUGUGAGGCAGAGAGGAGCGCAGAUCUGCAGAGCUCAGAUGUACAAAGGACAGAACAGCAGACUGCUGGAGGGGUGGAACUGCAUGCAGCAGCAGCAGGAAGUUCAAACCAGAGUCCAGUGUAUCCUGAAGGCCUGGCUCCAGUCAUAAUCCAGACCUCCAGCAAGAAGACUCUCAAGUGCCCCAAAUGCGACAAGACGUUUGACCGUGCAGGGAAAUACGAGAGCCACACCCGAGUGCACACAGGUGAGAAACCCUUCCAGUGUGACAUCUGUCUUCAGCGCUACUCCACCAAGUCCAACCUGACCGUACACAAGAAGAAGCACGCCAGCGAUGUCCCCUUCCAGAAGAAGGAGCACAAAUGUCCCUUCUGCAACAAACUCCAUGCCAGCAAGAAAACCCUGGCCAAGCACGUCAGGAGGUUUCAUCCAGACCACGUCCAAGAGUUCCUUACCAAGAGGAAGAGGAAGAGUGAAGGCUGGAAAUGCGCUAUCUGUCUGAAGACCUUCACCCGUAAGCCUCAUCUGGAGGAGCACAUGAUUCUGCACAGCCAGGACCGGCCUUUUAAAUGCUCCUUCUGUGAUGAAUACUUCAAAUCCAGGUUUGCGAGACUGAAGCACCAAGAAAAGUUCCACUUAGGUCCCUUUCCAUGUGAGAUCUGUGGUCGUCAGUUUAAUGACACUGGUAACAGAAAGAGGCACAUCGAGUGCACCCAUGGAGGCAAAAGAAAAUGGACCUGCUUUGUUUGUGGGAAAUCAGUAAGGGAAAGGACAACCUUGAAGGAGCACUUGAGGAUCCACAGUGGAGAGAAACCUCACCUCUGUAGUAUUUGUGGCCAAAGUUUCCGUCACGGCAGCUCCUACAGGCUUCACCUGAGAGUCCACCAUGAUGACAAGCGCUAUGAGUGUGAUGUAUGUGGGAAAACCUUCAUACGCCACGAUCACCUGACCAAACAUCAGAAAAUACACUCUGGUGAGAAAGCACACCAGUGUGAGGAAUGUGGCAAGUGCUUCAGGCGCCACGAUCACCUGACAGUCCACUACAGAAGUGUUCAUUUGGGGGAGAAAGUUUGGCAGAAGUAUAAAACUGCUGUACAUCAGUGUGAGGUCUGCAAGAAAGAAUUUAAAGGGAAGUCAAGUCUAGAAAUGCACUUCAGGACUCACUCAGGUGAGAAACCGCACAGAUGUCCUGAGUGUCAUCAGACAUUUCGGAUCAAGAAGACUUUAACAAAGCACAUGGUGAUUCACUCAGACGUCCGUCCUUUUAACUGUCCCCACUGCAGCGCCACCUUUAAAAGAAAAGACAAGCUCAAGUACCAUGUCGACCACGUGCACAGCGCCCGCUUUAACGAGCAGCCUCUCGGCACGCUCGGCGAGAACAAAAUAGUCUCAGUUACUUUUGAGGAAACUUCAAAGACAUACCACACCGAACCGAAGUCGAGCCACCAGAGCAGCCCUGCUGGUGCAAAUGUGUGCGUACCCGUCACUUUAGUUCCUGUCCAGAUGACAGGAGGAGCGCAGGGUGACCUGACUGCUCACAGACCCCCAUCUCACUCCUCGCAGACUCACAGCGUCAUUAGCAUGCAGACUCAAGGACAGCAGCAGAACUCUGGCUAUCAGGCUACAGACAUGGCCUUCUUAGAGAAGUACACCCUCACCCCCCAACCAGGCAACAUUGUCCACCCUGUGAGGCAGGAUCACAUGCUGGACCAUCGAGAGCAGUCCUAUCUAGGAACGCUGCUCGGACUCGAUUCAUCUUCCUCUGUACAGAACAUCUCCAACUCUGAUCACACUCACUGAUGCUGCUCAGCCAACAGAAUCUUAAAGGCACAGUUCAACAGACUUGGCACAGAAAGUGUAGGGAGAGCAAAAGUCCCCUCUGCAGUGUUUGUAUUUCAACAUGGAGGGAACUUACAGACUGCUGUAAAAUCUAAACUUCAGACAAAAAAAUCCACGUGAUUAACUUUUUGCUCUGGAAAUCUGCCCGUCACACCGAUCCUUCACCAAUUUAGAUGCAAGAAGAAAGCAGUCAAUUUAACUAAAACUUAAAAAAAGACAUUUUUGUAUUAAGUUUUAUUUUAGCAUUACUUCAACAAUGUUGAGUCUUGGCAACUUUGAACUUUUGGUGUUACUGAAGUUUCCUAUCAGGUGUUUAUGGUUUCAUAUCGGUUUUUAUUUGCAUGGUCAGUAAUUUUUAAUAAUGACAUGUUUUAACAGACAAAUCGUGAUUUAUUUUGGCAUUUGCUGCUUCAGACUUCUAAGAAUUAACUCUGGUUAGUAUUGUAAA